AUGUUCGAAACCCCAGAGCAAAAAGUCGCUCGGUUACGGGCGGCACACGAGAGGGCAAAGGCGGCGAAGGUGUCCAAGUUCGACAAGGUGGUCGACGCGAGCAGGAAGGUAUUCGACUCGGCGCACAAGGUGACGGUCGCGGGAUUGAUAGGCUUCACGGUGCUGGCGGGCCUUGUGACGGCGUACACGGCGGUGGACAUGAUCAUGUACAACAAGAAGCGCAGCGCCGAGUGGGCCGAGGCGCAGAUGAAGCUGGAGGCGGACAGUCUCGAGGCGGCGCGCAUCGCCUACAUGACGGGCAAGGCGGACGAGGAGCAGAUCGCGCUGGUGGAGGAGCAGCUGGAGCGGGAGCGCGUGUCGGGCCGCAAGACGUCUUUCUUCAAGGACAUGAGCACCAACAACCACAACAACAACAACAACAACAACAAGAACAAGACUCAUCCCUCUUCUCCUGGCUCACCUCCAACCUCAAACGCGAAGAAGACUCCGACUCCGACUCCGACUCCCCCACCAGCCCCCUCCGCCCCCAUGUCCCCGCAAUCCCGCCUCGGCUACGAGUCCCUCAGCGACGACGACGGCGCGGCGGGCGGCGCCGUGCGCGACAGCGACCUGGCACGGGCGGUGGAGCGGCGGCAGGCGACGCUGCAGGCCAAGGCGGCGGCGGCGCUGGAGCGGGAGCGCGAGAACCAGCGGCGCGGGGGGUUAUUGGAUCGGGUGGGUGUUGUGGAGGAGGAGGAGGGGGGGAAGGGGAAGGAUGGUGCUGGGGAGGGGGGGGAUGGCAAGGGUAUUGGGGGGGGUGCGGUUGGGGAGGGGGAGAAGAAGAAGAAGGGGUGGUGGUGGUGA